CGAGUGGCCACGGCGGGGGCCUCGCGUUCCACUGGUGCUCGGACUGCCUGCCGCGCGCCCCCAGCGCCCCAGCGCCCGGGCUCCCCCGGCUCCCCGGCUCCCCCGCUCCUCGUGCGGUGCGUCCGCGCGGCCCCCGGGCUCCCGUGCUCGCGGCGCGAAGCCCUGGCCCCGGCGGCCGGGGCAUGGCCAGGGGCGCGGGGUGAAGCGGCUUCCCGCAGGGCCGUUCCCUGAACCGGCUUCAGCAUGAAGACCCUCAUCGCCGCCUACUCCGGGGUCCUGCGAGGCACCGGCUCCAGCAUCCUCUCUGCCCUCCAGGAUCUCUUCUCCGUUAGCUGGCUCAAUAGGUCCAAAGUGGAAAAGCAGCUGCAGGUCAUCUCGGUGCUACAAUGGGUCCUGUCCUUCCUUGUGCUGGGAGUGGCCUGCAGCGUCAUCCUCAUGUACACCUUCUGCACCGACUGCUGGCUCAUCGCCGUGCUCUACUUCACCUGGCUGGUGUUUGACUGGAACACGCCCAAGAAAGGUGGCCGGAGGUCACAGUGGGUCCGAAAUUGGGCUGUGUGGCGCUACUUUCGAGACUACUUCCCCAUCCAGCUGGUGAAGACCCACAACCUGCUGACCACCAGGAACUACAUCUUCGGAUACCACCCCCAUGGCAUCAUGGGUCUGGGUGCCUUCUGCAACUUCAGCACAGAGGCCACGGAAGUGAGCAAGAAGUUCCCCGGCAUAAGGCCCUACCUGGCCACGCUGGCUGGCAACUUCCGGAUGCCAGUGCUGAGGGAGUACCUGAUGUCCGGAGGCAUCUGCCCUGUGAACCGGGACACCAUAGACUACUUGCUUUCAAAGAACGGGACCGGCAAUGCCAUCAUCAUCGUAGUGGGGGGCGCAGCUGAGUCCCUGAGCUCCAGGCCCGGCAAGAAUGCGGUCACCCUGCGCAGCCGCAAAGGCUUUGUGAAACUGGCCCUGCGGCAUGGAGCCGACCUGGUUCCCACCUACUCCUUCGGAGAGAAUGAGGUCUACAAGCAAGUGAUCUUCGAGGAGGGCUCCUGGGGCCGGUGGGUCCAGAAGAAGUUCCAGAAGUACAUUGGCUUCGCCCCGUGCAUUUUCCAUGGCCGAGGCCUCUUCUCCUCCGACACCUGGGGGCUGGUGCCCUACUCCAAGCCCAUCACCACUGUUGUGGGUGAGCCCAUCACCAUUCCCAAGCUGGAGCACCCGACCCAGCAGGACAUCGACCUGUACCACGCCAUGUACAUGGAGGCCCUGGUGAAGCUCUUCGACAAGCACAAGACCAGCUUCGGCCUCCCGGAGACCGAGGUCCUGGAGGUGAACUGAGCCCGCCCACCCGCCCGCGGGCCCACGGCCUGCCAGGAGGAGCCCGCUGCCAGUCGUUUUCUACCAAGUCCUCGAGUGCUUUUUGUUCUGUAAAUUUGCAAGUGUCAUGGGUGUCUGUGGGUUAUUUAAAAGAAAUUAUAAUAAUUUUGUUAAACCAUGAAAA